AUGCUACUCGAGGCGCCCCCACCACGCCGCCAGGUAUCCAGCGCGCCCGUGUCUCUCAGCGCCGCAUCCGCCGUGUUAGAAAAGUACCUGCAAGACUCCGAGACACAUGCGCACUUGCACCCCGACGCCCUCAUCACCCCCGAUGGCGUGACAUUCAAUGCAAAGGGCGGCGCCGUGGGGAACCUGCUCAUGCACCAUCUGCGCCGUGUAGCCGCGGGAUUGCGCGGCGAGUACCUUGAGCCCGACACGACUCUCGAGGCCCAGGACGAAGCCCUGGACACUGCUGCUGAUGGCGAAGGCAGCAAAAACACGGGCGCAGAGCAAGAUUGGCAAGACAAGGCCACCUACCAGGCCGAGCUAGGCGGCAUCGAGAUUGGCGACGUGGGCAACAGGACCAACGUCGUGCAAGAAGGUGGACAGGAACCACCAGUGCAGACCAACGACACCAAGAAGAGAAAGAAGGACCAGGCCCAUGACCAUGAUCAUAACCAACAAUCGCCCGCAGAUGGACAGGUGGACAAGGAUGCCAGAAAGAAGGCCAAGAAGGAGCGAGACCUGCAGAGGAAGAGGGACAAUGCGGCAAAGGCAAAAAAGUCGGAUUAG